AUGCGAUCCCCUGUGCCGUCGCGCACUCUCCUGCGCUUCCUGCGCACGCAGUCCGAGACGGCCUUUUUCACCCCGAGCCAUGUCCGAUGCACCAAGGCGAGCGGCGCCCGCGUCUGCAACCGCGUUCGACUAUAUAAUACAGACACACAGUUGUGCGCAGCAUCGUCCGAGCUGACAAUGUCGUCACAGCCCGUCGCACUCCAGGCGUCACUGUGGCCUUUCGGCGAGUCCCCGCGCCCCCAACCACAGCAGCAGCAGCAGCAGCAGUGUCGGCAGAUCAACUCGACGACUAAAUUGAGCGGACGAAAGACCCCCGGCAAGGAUGGUCGCGCCGCCAGCGACCCUACCAGCUCGUGGCAGGAGAGGCUCUGGGGCAUGGCGGCGCGGCGCGGCUUCAAGCCGCUCAAGCCCGACGACCUCCCUGGCCACGAAGAACUCGAGCACGGAUCCAUGUUCAACAGCCGCCGGGUCAUGACGGCCAAGGCGGCAGCGGAGCCGCGACUGCGCUGCACAGAGGUGGACGAGCAUGGACAAGUGAUUCUCGUCGACGGCGAGUUUAAAAAGUCGGAGCUCAUUGCCAAGUACGGUUUGUUGCCGCGAGACUUGCGAAAGAUUGACUCGUCGAAUUUGCCGCAUAUACUCAUCCGCCCUGAAGCGAUCCUGCUCAACCUGCUGCAUCUCAAGGUGCUCAUCAAGAGCGACCGCGUGCUGCUGUUUGACAUUUACGGCUCCAAGACGUCGUAUCCGCAGUCAGCAUUCAUGUACGACCUGCAAGGCAAGCUGCAGCAAAAGAACCCUACCGGGUCGCCUGGCCUGCCGUACGAGUUCCGCGCAUUGGAAGCGGUGCUGACGUCGGUCACGUCGGAGAUGGAGGCUGACUUUGAGGCGGUGCGCGAGCCUGUCAUGCAUAUCCUCAGCGAGCUCGAAGAUGACAUUGAUCGGCAAAAGCUACGUGUUCUGCUGAUUUUGUCCAAGCGCAUCAGCACGUUUGAGCAAAAGGCCAAGCUGGUCCGAGAUGCAAUCGAGGAGCUGUUGGAAGCGGACGAUGAUUUGGGAGACAUGUACUUGUCGGAAAAGAAGGCCGAGUCGGUGAGAGCGGCCGAUGACCAUACUGAAGUGGAGAUGCUUUUGGAGUCAUAUCAUAAAAUUGCGGACGAAAUUGUCCAAGAGGCGGGCAAUCUCGUCUCUGGCAUUCGAAACACGGAAGAAAUCGUCCGCGCCAUCCUCGACGCCAACCGCAACUCGCUCAUGCUGCUCGAACUCAAGUUUAGCGUCGGCACGCUCGGUCUCGCGAUGGGCACCUUUCUCGCGGGCCUGUACGGCAUGAACCUGGAGAACUUUAUCGAGGACACGAACUGGGGCUUCUCGGCCGUGACGGUGACGUCGACUGUCGCCUCGCUCAUUGUGUGCUGGUACGGGCUGGUCAAGCUGCGGCGCGUGCAGCGCAUCAAGAUGAUGAGCAACGAGCGCCUGCCAGGCCUGCCGCGCGGCUACCCGCACUACCAGGACGAGGGCGCCAUGGGCCUGCUGGACUCGAGGAACCGCGAGAUGCUGCGCAGGUUGCACUCGCAGAAAGCGGCGCCGAAGAAAAGGUCGUGGUUCUGGUGA